GUAUGUAAUUACAUUACAAAUACUGACUUGAGCCCCACCACUGUAUGUGUUAGCCCUACCAUAGAUUACCCAACAAAAAUACUCUGGCGCCGCCACUGAAUGUUCUGAAACAGUUCUGUUGCUGUAAAAAAAACAUAGUAGACAUAGUAAACAUAUUAUGUAAGAUAGUGGUAUUAAUACAUUCUAAGAAAUUAGACACACUUGGCUAUAGCAACAUGCUACAGUAAUAUAUUGCAUAUCAUUCACUUUUAUAUAUAAUGCAACAUUUAAAUACAUAUUUAUAUCGAUAACUAAUGGUGAAAACAACUAUUAUUUUCAAAACUUCAGUGCUUUAUGUGUGUCGGUAGUUUUCCUUUCGGACCGACAGGUGUCACUAACGCGAUGAGAAACUUUAGUCUGACAGAAGAAGAAGUCCUGUGUCCUUCACAACAGCAAACAUGGCGACUGCAACCAAAAUCAUUCAGAGGCUCCGAAAUCUUCUGUCGGGGCAUGCCCUGCAAGGCAAGCUCCAGCUGCGAUAUGGGGAGAUUGGAAAGAGGACUCAGCCACCACCCAAACUGCCAGUGGGCCCGAGCCACAAGUUUGCCAGCAACUACUACUGCAAUAGAGAUGGACGCAGAGAGUCGGUUCCCGCCACUGUCAUCAUGUCUUCUCAGAUGGCUCUCACCGCCGGCAGUCAAGUUGCUGAGGUCUCAAAGCCUUGUGUGACCCCGGGGGCUGUCUACAGGGAGCCAACGCUCUCCACAGACGAGCCGUACCUCUGAGCAGCAGGAUUACCUCCCUCAACACCAAUGACCUAAAUCCUCCCUCCACAUCUGCUUUAUAGGCCUGCCUACUGCCUGUGUCCUGUACAAUAAUAAAUGUGAAUAAAAUGUCUUCUAUUUA